GAAUUCUUAACCAGCAUCUUCAUAUCAAGCGACAGCUAUCAGGCAUCAUGAAUUCAACUAAGGCAACAGCAUUAGAUGUCCUAGUCCCCUCUACUCCAGGACAACUUGUCACCCAUGAAAUCAUCCUUGUACAUGGUUUCAAAACCCGUUCGGACGACCAGAAACGCCUUGCAAAAUUCAAACAUUUGCUCGAGAACUGGGUUACGGUUGCUACCGAUCCUAUUCGCAACCACGUCAACGUUCGCACCUUCGAAUUUGAUGGCGCUUACGUCCUACAUAAUGGACGACAUGGUCUAUCUCAGACUACCAUUGAGCUAUCACAACAAUUUGCAGUUACAAGCGAGGACUCCUUCUCGCCGUUGUUCCGCCGGAGAACAACGGAGGGCAGUCGCAACCGCGUGCCCCGGGCUGCCGUAUUUGUCGCUCACGGAUUAGGCACCUGGGUUGUGAAAGAUUUCUUGGUGCUCUUCCGCGAAGCAUCUAACCGUGUUGACCCUACAGGGUUGGUAUUUCUUGACGCACCAGAGAUGCCUCCUCACAUGACCCCUGUCGAUGUACGAUCUGAGUCUGCCGUAUCCCAAUAUCUCUACGAUCUUACAGAGAUAUACAAGCUCCAGGCGCUGCCAUUGAAGAUCCACGAACUCCAAGAGAAAUUGCGAGUGAUCGACAUGAACUUCAGGCAGCUAACGAAUUUACGCUAUGGGGUUUGUGAAGAGAUCAAAGACGCCGAUGCGGAUCGCGACGAGUACACUAUGAAGAUGUGGUAUGAUAAUGUUUGGAUGUGCUCCAAUCCUCCUCUUACGAUUGAUUCCUCAGUUAUCAAGACGUUUCUUCGAGGAGCCCAAAGUAUGAUACGCUUCAAUAAAGCGACAAAGAUGGAAGAACAGCUGAAAAAGCUUGAGCGGCUCAAACUACCACAAGUCCUUCAAGAGGCAACCACUUGCCAAGGAGUUUACGAUCUCCAGCCUAAUGAUAUUGAUCCCAACACCGAUCCUAACGCAAGCCCUAGCAUGAGCAGCAAUGGGAAAGGGAAACAAAAAGCGGCCUUGCCUUCUGACUCGCCUGGAAAAUAUGGUAUCCUCAGACCCUCGAACUCCAUGACGCCUCUCCCUAAGAUUUCCGAGGAAGUCGAAGCCGAACACCGCCCAGAACAAGCCUUCGGCUUUCGUCUAGAAACCAAAGCUAAUGAAAGCCAUGGCGACAAUUUCUACGAUUUUGACGACGCCAUAGCCCAGCGAAACGAGGCAGUGGAAGCAGGAGAUCAAGAGGCGCUAUCGGCCGCGCAGUCCAGACUGCAGCUUGUCAAAUGGCACCAGGACCAGAAUCUUGGCAAGAACCAUCCCAAAGUCCUCAUUACGCAACGCGAGAUAAUCACCACGAGCCUCGCGUCUGGAAUGUGGAACGGCAAGCCCAUCGAGAAUUGGACGAAGAAGGACUUCUGCGAGAUAGAAGACGAAAUGCGCCACGCCUUCGAAGCCUUGGAAGAAUACCUGGGCCCUCUUCACUUCGAAACCCUUGAAGCACUUGUCGUGUUAUUCAGCGUGCGGGUGUCACUGGUGAGGAACAAGAUGGUCUCCUGGAUUGCUGUCGCCGCAAUGCUGGACAUGAUAAAUGACCGACUAGAUCACCGGAUACCGCUGACGCCGGAGACGAUGCUCGACACAUUGCGCAUCAAAUACAAGGUUGCGUUGACCCUGGCCCAAAUCUCAGAUCGCGGAGAUGCGAUGCUGGGUGAUAUACUGAAGGAUACGGAAGCCCUUCUGGUCACUAUAGGCAGGGAGUACGUGGCGGACUUGACGAUGCUGCGGUUCAAUAUCCUGGCGAGAAUUUCCGAGUUGCGGGAUUUGAGGGACCAGGCGAGGGCGGCAAGAGAGGAGGAAGGAUCGAAUUAG